AUGAAGCAGCCAAGCACUCGAUGUAAGCUUGACUAGCUGCUCUGCGUAGAUCUGAGAUUAAGACUUGUAAAAGUAAGUCUGAGGCUGCCUACGAAUAGACAAUUUAUUGGAGCUUGGAACCUGCUUGGGGGAGAUCUGGGUGGUGAAAACAAUCCAUAAGCUGUCUCCAUCAUGGAGGCAAUCGGCAAGUUCGACUUCACCCCAACGGCCGAUGAUGAGCUGAGCUUCAAGAAAGGAGAUGUAAUUAAGAUUUUGGGCACUAAGGAUAACUGGUACAGAGCUGAAAGAAAUGGUCUACAGGGCUUCGUUCCAAGAAAUUACAUUAUCCUCGAAAUCCCCAGCUGGUAUCAGGAGGACAUGAGUCGCCGGGCGUCUGAGAGCGCUCUCAUGCCCCAGCCGAUAGGAUCGUUUAUCGUCCGUGGCAGCCAGAGCUCUCCGGGAAACUUCUCCAUCUCUGUCAGGCAUGAGCUGGACGUGCAGCACUUUAAGGUGCUCCAGGACACCACUGGGCAAUAUUUUCUGUGGACUGAGAAAUUCAGCUCUCUGAAUAAACUAGUGGACUACUACACAUUCAAUUCUAUUUCCAAGCACAGCAUUAUAUGCCUCCUCCGUGAGCAGCGGAACAAGUUAAACGCCGCUCCAGAUCCCAGGCCGCUUCCUCAGGAGAGAAGACAUAGGAUAGAAGAGGUGCAGAGCAGACCUCUGCCUCGUCCUGGAGAGAGUCUUCCAAUUCCACAGGAGAGAAGAUAUAACAUAGAAGAGGAGCAGAGCAGACCUCUCCCUCGUCCUGCAGCGAGUCUUCCACCUCCACAAGCAUCAAUGAUGAAGGUUAAGGCUCUGUAUGACUUUGCAGCCGAAGAGCAAGAUGAGCUGACCUUCAGCACCGGUGACAUUAUAGAAGUUUUGGGCCAAUCAGAUUCCUUCUGGUGGGUGGGACGGCUACAAGGGAGGACAGGACUCUUCCCCGCCAACUAUACCACUCCUUUAUGAGUGCAUACAUUCAAAAUCAUACGUGUGCUUAUUUCAUAUUUGUGUCUGUAUUUAAUUUAUCACAGGUGACUUUCUUGAGUGUUACUUUUACCCAGAAUUCAGAGAUUUCGUGUUAAUUGUCUUGUCUUGCAAAUAAACAGUUUCAUCAUUUAAGACCUUCUUAUAACCAUGGUGUUAAAAAAAGAUCAUCACAGCUGACACACCCUGAGAUGACUGUACUGCAACUUUAUUCCUGUUGUCACAACCUUCCUUUUUCAGUUAACUUUUGAGUGACAUACUCUAUGAUGUAACCAAAGAAAAAAAUGCUAUAUUUUAUAUUUUAUAUGUACAAGCAGUAUAAGAUUAGUAUUGAUGAAUCUUUAUUUAAGACUUGAAACUUAAAAACGUUAAACUUAAUGUGAAGAUCAUUAACAAUAAUAAGAAUAAUAAUAAUAAUCAUACCAGCUUUAAAGAAGUCAGAACACCACCAAUUCAUUUACGAGGCCUGAUUUUCACUGUCAGAAACACAAGCAAGUUAGUUCCUGUUAUCACAUUAUAGCAGUUAUAAGCAGUCCUUCCCUAAACAGUUUCUCGUUUUUCUGUCUUUUAAAGUUUAUAAGAAAAAAACACAGUCAUGUUAACAAGAAACCAGAAAGCAGGAAGUACUCUGACCUGAGGUGGAAAACUUACUGACUGUAACAAAGCACUGUCACUGCAGACUCCUUCUGUAAAUUUUAAAUAAACAUCUAUAAGUAAAGCUUCACUAAGUAUUUUUGAAAUCUGUGUAUUAUUAGACUUAGAUUAUGUGGAGCAUGGCCAUACAAGUCCCUGUUAAACAAUAAGCUGUUGCUAUAGAAACAAUAAAGUAUUAUACGAGCACGGUAAUAUAAACAUGUGAUUUGAAUUACAGCAGGAACUACAGUCAGAGCAGCUGACCAAUCAGAUUUGAGAAUUGUAUAACAUGUUUAUACCAUAGCAGGGUUGAAUUUAUUGAAUCUAAUUGGUCAGAAGGUGUGCGUUAGUUUUUUAUAACAGGACAGCUUGGGCAGUAUUUCU